AUGUCCGAACCGACGACUGAUUAUAAGAAAAAAUAUCGAACACUGAAAAAAAGACUUAAAUUCUUGAUAUAUGAACAAGAAUGUUUUGCAGAGGAACUAAAAAAGUCUCAAAGAAAACUUUUAAAACUCAAUAGAGAAAAAAGUUUCUUGCUAGAUCAGUUGAUGCAAUAUGAACAACCGAAUCAUGAAACAAGUGAUUCCGAUGAAACACAAUCAAGUGCCAGUGAGCAGGAAUCUGCAAAAAAAAUUGUCAAAAAGAAAAAGAUUUGUUCCAACAUUUCUAGCAAACCUUUAUUAAAUGCUAUUCCAAAAUCUUCAUUGAAAUCCAAGAAGUUAAAUAUUUCUAGUUGGUAA